UAUAGUGUAAAUAUAUGGAACUAUGUAAAAAUUAAAAAAUUUAGGUAUUAUAUUGUUUUAUAUUUUGAAAAUAAAUAUAAUAUUAUGGAUUAUUUACUGAGCAAGCAAUAAAAGAGAUCAUAAAAAUGGUUGAGAAAAAUCCAGUAAUUAAUGGUAUUGAUGGACAGAUGAGAGAGUAAUUAAUCGAUUGAAAAAGUCUCUAAUAAUAAUCAUUACACUCGCAACCCCUCGCGACUCUACACUACACUUGCAUUGAAACCAAACGUGAAACGUCACAACACUACACCGUCUAGAAUCAUCACCAUUGCAUUUAGUUGUAGUUAAACUCCAACUCUGCAAAUUCUCUCAUUUCAUCUCAUAUCCGAGUUCUAUCUUCUCUUCUCUCAUCUCUGAGUCAAAUUCUCUCAUCUCUAUUCAACAAGAUGACAGACUUCUACAAUAAGCUUUCCCAGAUUUCCGAGGCUUCUUAUAACCCCGACGUCAAGGCUUGGCGUUUCAGAGUCAAAAUACACAGGGUCUACCCUCUCUAUUCCUCGGUUACCAACAGGGUUAUGCCUUUCUAUUCCUAUGUCCUAGCAGAUGAAGAUGUAAGUGUUUUUUCAUCAUCUCUCAAGAUUUUCAUCAUCUCUCAAGUUUUUCAUCAUCAUCUCUCAAGUUUUUCAUCAUCAUUUAACUUGAUCCUUGUACUUUAUUUAUGUAGGGGUGCAAGAUGGAGAUGACCGUUUAUGGGGAUUAUGAAAGUUUUAGAGGCCUCGAAAACAGGGAGGGAGAAUGGGUGGAAAUCUUUCGGGUAGGAGUUGAACGUUCUUGUGUAGGUUUCAAUGCAACUAACUCUCGGUUCAGACUAACUGCUUCGCGACUCACACAAGUCCGCAUGAUCGAUCCUCUGAACAAUCGGCUUUUCAUGGACUUCAAGAACAUCCAUGCAAUCCCUCACAUGUCCCACAAGGAACGAAACUAUCCCAUAGAUACAAUUGGAGUGGUCUUCAAUACGGAAGCCCGUUUCGAUGACCCUGCAAGACCAAGGAUGAUUUUUUACAUAAGGGACAACAUUGACAGCCAGAUUAAAUGUGUGGCAACUGGCAAGCAGGCCUAUGCCUUCCGGGAUGGUCUUGAAAAUGUGGAAGGUGGACAGGUGAUUGUGGCCCUUAAGAUGUGGAAGGUCUGCAAGAGUUGGAAUUUAUUUGAGGCUCCUGAUCUAUGGCUUCAGACCGAAGGUGGACUUUCAGACUUCAGGUUCAAUCCGCGUUUGACCGAGGUUGAGGACUUCAGGCAGUCUCUACUGAACAGCGACCCUUAUGUUCAAAAAUAUGGGAUUGAAGGUCUUGUGUAAAUUGUUGUUUCAACUU